AUGCUCAAAAAGAAGUCUCUGGCGCCCGCCUUUUUCUGGAACUUCUCCCCAUCCACCACCCCCGAACUGUCCCCCACCUCGUCGGACAGCGACUCCGACGAGGAUAUGGAAUCAUCCGGCUCCCGACCGGUCAGCCUGGCCGUCUCGGCGGGAGCCUUUUGUCCUAUGCGACCAACCUUGAACGAGGUCCUGGCCAAUGCCGCCGCCCCGCCGUAUACGUUAUCCGCCUUUAUGGCCUAUCUCUCGCAGAACCACUGCCUCGAGACGCUCGAAUUUACGAUGGAGGCCAGCCGUUAUCGAGAUACAUAUGAAGCCCUGUCUGCUCGACUGGGUCCAGACGCGUUGACGGACCCUGAGACGCGGGAGGCACAACACUUGCAGAUGCUUUGGCAGCGGUUGAUGACGGCUUACAUCCUGCCUGGUGCGCCACGUGAAGUUAAUCUGUCCAGCGAGGUUCGAGACGGUCUCCUCCGUUAUCGUGAUGUGACCACCCCACCAACCCCGGACACGCUCAACUCGGCUGUGAAACGUAUUCAUGACUUGAUGGAGGAGUCUAUCUUCCUGCCCUUUCUGAACAGCCACACCACCUCGCCGUCCAUGCUGGCCCAACUCGAUUCCGCUUUUGGUCCAGAGGAUACCAUGGACUUGUCCAGUCCAUCGUACGAUGAGAAUCCUGUAAAGUGCGUCCGUUCCCGAACUAAGCGUACGUCUCCGCAAUCGUCUACCAAGGACCUGCCCGCGGCUGCCGGUCGCUCCACCGUCUCGCUCGGUGCCAUGCACGCCCUUGGUAAGCGUGCGUCAGGCGCCCUGCUUAGCACAUCUGGGGAAUCGGGCUCGUUCACACUCACGGACGACUCGAGUCCACAAUCGAGCCCGACCGCCGAGGAGCCCAUGACUCCACCAACCACGCCCCCAGCCAGCGAGCCGCAUCUCCCCAUCCACAGCCCCAAGCUGCGAACCGACAACCCUUGGAAGAAGAUGGGCAUGAAGCUGGGCUUCAAGAAACGCUCUGGCGCUGGCAGUGGUGGAACCUCGCGGGAUCCGAAGAUUCUGGGCCUGGACGAUUAA